AUUAGUUUCACAACUAAAUUGUGAUAUAUAAAUGCGUCUCAAUAGUUAUAUUCCCAGUGCCAGUGGAAAUUUAAUUUUACAGGUUUAAUGAAAAUGAGGUUCCUUUUUCCUUUACUUGCUCUGGGUGUCACCCUUUCCUUGGCUGAAAAAAUCAGGUUCGAUAAUUACAAAGUCUACAGAUUGAUUCCUAACGAUGAGGAGACUCUCGAUAUUCUUAAACAAAUGGAAAACACGGAUCAACUAUCUGAGUAUAACUUUUGGAGUCCUGUAAUCAAAGUAGAAACCCCAGUAGAUCUCAUGGUACCACCUUACCGUGUCGAUUAUAUUGAAAGUAUGGCUAAGUCUAGAGGGAUGAAUGCUAGUGUGUUGAUGGAAAAUGUACAAAAGUACAUCGAUAAUGAAGGUCUUCGACCACAGGCUAGGGCAGGAAGCUUUGGUUGGACUAGUUAUCACACAUACGAUGAGUACAACAGUUUUCUCAGAUCAUUAGCCACGAAUUAUCCUGAUACUGUGACUCUUAUUCGCGGUGGUUAUUCCUUCGAAGGACGUGAAAUUCUAGGAGUUCUAGUAUCCUUUAGUCCUGCUAACCAAAACAACGCUGUAUUCUUAGAAUCUUUAAUCCACGCUAGAGAAUGGAUUACUGGUGCAGUCAGUACAUACAUUUUAAAUGAAAUAUUAACAAGUACAGACCCAGAGUUCCGUAGAUUUGCUGAAAGGUAUGACUGGUACGUUUUCCCUGUUUUCAACCCUGACGGAUAUGUUUUCACCCACACAACUAACCGUAUGUGGCGUAAAACAAGGGUGCCGUACGGAGGGUCGUGCUUUGGUGCCGAUCCCAAUCGUAACUGGGGAUAUUUCUGGAACAGUGGCGGUUCCAGUGCUCUACCUUGUUCGGAAACCUACCACGGCCCAUCAGCCUUCUCGGAAACAAGCACCAAAACACUAUCCCACUUUAUUUCCAUCAUUGCUCACAGGUUUGUGGCGUACAUCAGUUUCCAUUCGUUCUCUCAGUUGUUGCUGCUUCCUUACGGACACACUGCUGCCCACCUGGACAACUAUAAUGUAACAUAUCCAAUUGGGCUCAAGGCAGCUGAAUCACUGGCUAGGCGUUACGGGACCAGAUACGUUGUUGGAAACAUUGUGGAAACUAUUUAUGUUGCUAGCGGAGGAAGUAUGGAUUGGGUAAAAGGAACAUUUGGAACUCCACUGGCUUACACUUAUGAACUCCGAGACACGGGGGUAUUUGGUUUUCUUCUGCCUGCUGAACAGAUUAUUCCCACUGCACUAGAAACUCUCGAUUCUUUGAUUACCAUCCUCAACGAAUAUGAAAGUACUAAAUAAUAAUUAUAUUUCUUUUUUAUUGUUAUAAUAAAUGUUUGUUCAUUUAAA